UUAAUAGUGAUCAAUGGCGAUGAAAGGAUGUGGCAUCUAGUUGGAUUUCGGAUGUUAAGAGGCGCUGCAAUGGCCCAACUAAAGACUGUUCUUGGAACUGAAAAAGAACCAACGGAUUGGGAUGCGUUUUGGUCAUUUAUCGUCAAAUCGUUUCCUCAUGGUCUCUCGAUGUAUACGGUGGCGGAUCGGUUUGAAACUUUUGCUUUCCGUCAAGGGGAGCGUGUAAGAGAUGCAUUUGAACGCUUCAAAGUAAUUCAAAACGAUGCUACUCAAAUCAAUUAUCCAUACGAAGAACGCACUAUUUUUAUGAGUAUACUUCCAACCAGGUUAAAAGAACAUGUUCAAGCUGAAUUUGUACGCAAAGCUCUUGCUGGUCAACCAAUGACCUUUUCGCAAGUGGUGCUCUGUGCAAUGACUGAAGAGGCCUUAAACCCUGCAAACACGAACCCAACCAUCCAACCUUCCCGUCCCAAAAGGAAAAACAAGCGGAAAUCACCUCCUGAUAGUCAUGACACAUCUGACAUCGUUUGUUAUAAUUGUCAAAAGAAAGGUCACAUUUUUGGAGGUUUGGAAAACCCGACUUGUCCCGAGAAACCUACACGAAGAACCAAAAACUAUUUCAAGCGUAUGAAGAUCAAAGGUGGUACGAACGCUCUGGGUAGUGGCUCGGGAAAGGGCAAACGGUGUACAACAUGAACUUCUACUUUAUUUAUCUCUUCUUGAAUUGAAAUGCAUGAUCAUUGUUUAAUGUUAU